UGGUGGUGAUUCUUCAGGUAUGAAUGCUGCAGUAAGAUCAAUUGUAAGAGUUGCUAUUUCACGCGGCUGCGAAGCAUACGCGAUCUUUGAGGGUUAUGAAGGACUAGUACAAGGUGGUGACAUGAUAAAACAAUUUAAUUGGGGUGAUGUUAGAGGAUAUCUUUCUAUAGGUGGUACACUUAUUAGAACUGCUCGUUGUCAAUCAUUUCGUGAGCAUAAAGGUAGACUACGAGCUGCAUAUAAUUUAAUUAAAAAUGGAAUUGAUGCCUUGAUUGUUUGUGGUGGUGAUGGUACAUUAACUGGUGCUGAUACUCUAAGAUCUGAAUGGCCUGAUUUAACAAAAGAACUGAUCCAGACUG